CCCACCCGCCAGGUUUCUGCUAAUGGCAACUGCCAGUCUCCCGCCUCGCACCCACCCCACUCUCCUCACCAGCCUCCUCCACUCCGGCGUUAAAACCAAUUUUCCGACCUCGUUUCAGAUCCUCCGAAACCCUAACCCUAGCUUUUGGUCCUCUUCUACAGCUGUCGUUGCUUUCGCCUCCUCUUCAUCAUGGGAGCACGAGGAACAACGAUGGCUCCGGGAAGAGCAGCGGUGGCUUCGAGAGGAGCAGCGCUGGCUCCGAGAGGAGCUUCGGUGGAGCUCCGAGCGCGAAGCUCUUCUUCGCGAGAUUGCAGCUCUGCGGCUCCGCAUCGAUGCCCUCGAGGGCGAGCGUUCCCCGCUCGCUGAUGCCGUCGAGGCGGUGCUAUUUGCGGCGAAGGAGCGGCGUCUCGUUGCUGGAGCUGAUAAGUUAAUAGUGGAGGAAGCUGAGGUGAAGGAGACGGUUCGGGAGGGUAUAUCGAUACCUGAGGAGGUGAAGAAGGAAAGGGAGACACUAAGGAUGGGAUCAGAAGGAAAGGACGUACGAGAGAUGCAGGAUGGCACCAAUGGAGCACCAGUUGUUUCAGUGAGGAAAUUUGCAGAGAUACAGGAAACAGUGAUCAAAGAAGCUGGUGAUGCAGAAAUAGACAUAUCCCAACACCGUGUGUUUCUUCUUGGAGAGAACCGGUGGGAAGAACCAUCUAGGGUUCAGAGAAGAAACAAACCUGUUGAACCCAACAAGGCUUCAUUUCUCACGCAGUGCCUCACUUGUCGUGGAGAAGGCCGAUUAAUGUGCUCAGAGUGUGAUGGCACUGGUGAACCAAAUAUUGAGCCACAGGUACCCAUGGAACUGUUCCUUGUCAGUUACAUCCUAUAUUAUUUUUCUUUAGGGACAUUUACAUGUAUACAUACCACCCAAUGCUUAUCUUCCGACUUCGACCCUCGUAGUCUAUGGAUAUCAUUCAUAUUCGCCUCUACGGCCUACAUGGUUCACAGUUCAUGCAGCUCCCGACUCUGGCCUCGACAACUUAUGGACGUCAUUCAUAGUCGCCAUUAUGGCUUAUGUGGUCAACAGUUGUCGUAA